AUGGGCCGUGACGGAGUCGUCUGUACCACUGGUAUGGACAGCUGCCUAAUUACCCGAACGUCCCCGUCGGCUUCCUUGUCUCUGCGCCACCUGCGUCGGAUCACUUUGAUUACGCUGUCUUGCACUCGUCCUCCCUACGCGGGCUGGGGAGCGUUGCAUGCUGCUGGCUCGGUGACUACUCCUGCGCUCAAGCCCGUUUUCUUUUCGCCAUAG